CCCAGGCCCUUGGAGACAUUGAUUCAAGUAGUCUGCACGCUUAUCUCUUUUACACAAACCUGGAACUAUCCAUGAACACUUCAAGAACAUUGCAAGAAAUUCUGUUAUACUCAUAACUGUUAAGAUAGAUGCACAUCUUCUUCCUGCUGUUCCCCUUGGUGACGUUUGAAACUAAAUUCGUCUGUUUCACUUUUUUAUUACCUAGAUAUCAAUGAAUGUGAUAACGACACGAACGAUUGUCACGUGAACGCAAAUUGUACAAACACCCUAGGAUCCUUUAACUGUACUUGCAAGGCGGGAUAUAUUGGAGAUGGAAACAAAUGUUCAGCUGUGGCCGGAUCCUGCAAGGAGCUACUUGACCUGAACCUAUCUUCGGGUAAUAAAGCCUACCCACUAAAGCUGGGAUCAUCAAUUGAACUUGAUGUCUACUGUCACAUGGCUAAUGAUCUUGGUGCAUGUGGAGGUAGCGGAUGGACGCUGGUUAUGAAAAUUGACGGUAAUAAGGAAACCUUCCACUAUGAUUCAAGCCUUUGGAGCAACAAAAAGACCCAUAAUACUGAAGGAGGGAAGACUGGUUUUGACAUGCAAGAGGCCAAGCUACCAACCUACUGGAACAUGUCGUUCUCCAAGAUCUGUCUUGGCAUGAAGAUCCCUGGACAGGAAACCACCAAUUUUAUCUCGAUUAACAAAAAGGCUGACUCGCUGUACUCACUCAUCGCUGACGGGCAGUUCCGCGCCACAUCACUGGGCCGCAACAGGUGGAAAGCGCUACUUGGUUCAAAAGAUACCUUGCAGCUCCACUGUAACAGGGAGGGCUUUAAUGCAUACUGUGGCUAUCCCAAGGCAAGAAUCGGUAUUCUUGGUAACAACGAAAACGACUGCAACACCUGUGACUCUUUCAUUGGGUUUGGUACCAAAGACUCAACAAAAAGUGGCCCGUGUGGAGAUAGGCACAUCAAAGUCAUGGGUUAUAUCUUGAUUCAGUGACACCCGCGUAUUGCUUAUUUUGCAUUCGUGCGGGACAUGUUCAUAAGAAAAAGCUGAAAGUACUAGUGUUUGCUUUGUAAUCAGACCUUCAUUAAAUAAUCAGAAUAUGUGGUAACCCGAAACUUAUGUACAAUGCUGGAACCGCUGAUCUGUACUUCCCUGCAUUACAUAGAGCGCUUUUAAAUUAAGCGUCGUUAAACCAAAACCAAACCAAUAAGUUACCAAUGAUAGGCACAAUUAGUUAGUAUACUUUGGCAGUACUCGCCUAACUUAUAAUUACUUUGAAUUGUUUUGAAAAUAAGAGCCGAAGAGAAGGGGUCGGCAAAACUUCUAUUAAAAUAUAAUCAAUAUGAAAAUAUGAUCAACACGUAUGACAGUGUAUUCCUUUCAAAUUUGGUUUACCUCUCUCAAGACCUUUUUAUGCAAAAAAGGAUGAACAAAAAAAUUAAAAAAGAAAAUUUAUUGCAUACUCAUAAAGCUAUUUCUGCUAUGACUCAGCUUGAAGCUUUGAGUUCCAAAGAUGAUUAAUUAAAAAUCAUUUUAGUUUUAAGUCACGUGGACGGUAAGAUAUGCGAAGGAAAUAAUUAUGGUUGGAAAAUAUGGUCCUUGCAGAUAUGUGAAGAUUACAGUGUUAACAAAUUACGUACAUAGCCAGCAUCUCGAUCUAGUUUCUUUAAACUUGUCAGCAAAAGUACCUAAUUAUUACUAAACAGGCUGCUAGCAAAAGUUAAUGUCAGUUAGAAGCAAAAUGGUUCCCUGGCUGCCAAGGAAAAUGGCUUAAAUGCAUCCCAUUGAAAAAUUUCUCAGUAAAGGAUAUUAAGAAAGCUCAGACAAAAUCGUUGCAUAAGAUAUUUAGAGCUAAUAAGAAACGAGAUACGAAAGCGGAGUCGACUUUAAAAUCACGCGUAUGAUUUCAGACCAAAUUGCGCUCCACUCAUUUGAACUACCAUGUUAAUUAAACUUUUUGAAAUUAUGGCUAGAGGUGUUAUUUUACAACCCGAGAGGUACCAAACCAAGAUCAACACAGUCAUUUUCACGCAAGGCGUUCACGUAGAGGAGUUAUUCACCAGCAACGACAUUGUAACUCAUUAUUAAAUUUAAACCGGUGAUGGAAUUUUAAUCUCUAACAGUGCUCUACUUCUCAUUCCCUUUCUCUGUUGCAAUCUGUUUCACCCUAAAUAAACCGGCCUUCUUCCUUAAACGAGUGAAUGCCCCUUUGAUGUGUAACCUUUUAAAACACGCUAUUUAUAAGAAUUGAUAAAAGAGAAGCAAGAAAAAGUUAUUGCUGCAGCCAUCAAACGAAAAAUUAACGGACUAAUCCUAUUUUGUUUACCAAAAGUUGAAUGCGAGUUCGAAUGCUUAAAGAACGACAACAUUUCCGUCGACGUCUUUGUCUAUCUCGUCCUGUUGCACGGGGUCAUCACUAUGGGUCUCAUCGGAUCUGCUGGCUGCAGCAUGGUCUUCUUUUCCCUCCUCAUGAUCAGGGACAGGCUGUGAACCAAGAACGACGACAUCGUCAGCUGAGUCACUCUCGACUUCUUUCCUUUCAAGUUCUUUGGACGUCGUUGGUUUUUCUUCAUCAAUGUUUCUAACACUUCCUAAAUUAACAGGUGGGCGACUGGCGAUGACAUGCAGAUCUGCACUUGUCGACGGACGUUGCUCUUCGAUUUCCUUGUCAGGUACAUUUUGGAAUGUACGAGUAGGUUUGUCACUUUCCA